AUGGAACAAGAACAGCGAUUCAAACCUAUUCAUUUACGCCAUCCUACAUCAUACCAUACUGAACAUCCAGAUGUCUCAAGAGGCCAGCAGCUUCAAUAUGAUAGUCCCGCAGAAUCGAGCUUAUUGGAUAUUCAAUAUCAACGACAACUGCAAGAUCUUAAUGCUGCUCAACUCUCUGAUGCUAUUCGUCAUCGAAAUCGUCUUCAUACCCCGGAAUAUACUGCAACUCCUUCUUCUCCUUCCACAAGCUCCGGUGAUCUUUAUCUAGAUCGUCCUGCUACAUUUGCCUCACACAUAGAACACCUUCCUAGUGACUUUCAGCCUGUAUCUCCUCUGGAUGAUGACUCUUGGCCAUCUGAGCAUCAUCUCACUCACUUGUUGGGAGGAAGGGAUCCGUCUCACCAAGAAUUAUCCGGCCAAAAUAUCGAUCCGCGGAACCGAGUUUCAAGGUCCCAGCCACCACUGUCUCAGAGUGCUCCCACAACUGAUGCUUUCUUUGACUAUUCCUUCCCUGCCACUCCCACAAACUCUGUUACCUUACAUCCUUCUUCUUAUACCGGUUCACCGACUCGCUCUACAGCAAUAAGCAAUGACCUGGAUAACAUCAAUCUUGGAGAGAUGCCAGAUGUUUACGGAACAAGCAUGGAAUCGGCUGCUUCUUCAUCAUAUUCUUUUGGUAUACAGACACCUCCUGUAGCUGCUAAUGUUCCCAAUAAUGCCAACGCCGCGGCAUCGACAACAACUACUUCUAAUUCUACCUAUCAGCUCAGCCCCGCUUUCAAGAAUGCACAGCCCGCUACACAGACUCAAGCGGAGCUUGCAGAGGUAACUGACCUUCCUACCGAGCCGACUGUACAAAAAACAGUCCAAAAGAAAUAUGAAAGAAGGCGUCGUAGACGCGAAUCCCAUAAUGCUGUAGAGCGUCGUCGAAGAGAACAUAUCAAUGAUCGCAUACAAGAGCUAGGAGCGUUAUUACCUCAUUACAUGCUUCUUGAUUCACCAAGUAGUCCUUUACAAUCUGGAGGAGCACCAUCCGGUCUUAAUCAAGAUUUCAGUUUUGUCAAUGGCAAACCAAGCAAAGCUACUAUUCUGAGCAAAAGCGUGGAUCAUAUCAAAGAACUCAAGUCAGACGCUGAAAGAUAUCAGCAACGUAUUCGAGAAUUGGAAGAAGCUCUCCGAGCCUCAAAUCAAAGGGAAUCUCAAUGGAAUACCCGGAUGAUUCGACCAUCAUCUCGUAGCCCCAAUACCCAUCUGACACCUUUGCAAUACAAUCAUCAGACAGCAAGUUAUACCAGGCAUCGUACUCAACGAUAUCGCCCAAGGUCUCACACUGACCCUCAACCAGCUGGUCAGGCUGCCGUUGCUACCCCCCACCCUCUACCUCAGGAUCCGCAUAGACACAUAGAUUUCCAUCAUGCUCAGAGACAUUACUGA